GGCAACUCUCGCGAGAACGUCACAAACUUCCUGCAAUAGUUGUUUGGAUAAUGGCGGCGCUUCAGCUAACAGCGCUUCUAACCUUUCAUUAAAACCGGGAAAUAUACGCCAAACAGCGUAAUUCGAGCACAAUAAACGCUUCUGUCAGGAUCUGUUUCUGAUGCCUGGCCUGAGCUGGAGGUUAGGAAGACAUGAUUUUGUGAGAAAAGCUUCUAUAAGGGGGGAGGAGUAUUGUUGUGGAACCAGGAGGAGAGAAACCUCCAGCGAUGGAACCACAUCAAGCAGAGUACGAGCUGUCUUCUGCAUGGAGGAAUCUGAACCAGAGCAAAGCAGCUCUGCGUCACAUUGAGAAUCAUUUGGAGGCGGCGGUCGGUUCAGGAGUUGUCAUCACCUCGCUGAACAUGGAGAAGACACACAGACACAAACGCAGAGGUAGGCGGAGCUCAGAGGGGGAUGAUGUGGAGGUUAAGCCCCGCCCACAGAGUCGGCGCAGCCCAGAGAAGAGCUCUCGGAGCCCGCUCAGGGCUAGCACGCAGGACAACACAGACACAUCACACAGACCUCCCUCCUUGCCCCCCGAUGCAUCCUUGAGUCGCCUGGUGUACGAGCGAGACUGUCGUCCCCUCCAUUCAGCUGAUGCAGACAGCACUCGUUCCUCUGCACUGGACGCCACCACCAUACGUGUCCUCAAUGACCCUCCGGCACGCCAGAGGUCAGAGGUUACACCCGGGGGUUCAGAGCUCAGUCCUGGGUCAGCACGGCUGGAAAAGCUACGUCAGCGUCAGACGGAUGAGAAGCUGGAGAAGUUAAAGGAGAGGAUCAGGAGGCAGAGGGAGCAGCUGGAGGAGGCAGCAGGCCAUCAGGGUGAAAGAGCAUUGGGGGCGGGGCAGGGGAACUCCACCCACCAGCAUGUUGCUAAAGUGCGCAAAGUGGCAGCCGCCCCGCCUGCACCGAAUUAUAAAGGGUUUAACAACGGCGAGGUGAAGAGCCGCUCUACAGAUCCCAGAGCGUGGGGAAAUCUUCACUUUAACCUUGAGAUUUCUAAAGAUCAUACAGACAAACUCACAGAGCGAGCAAAAUACAAAACCGCGGCGAAAGAGAAGCAGCAGCAGGAAAGGAAACCGGUCAAACCUGUGAGGAAGAUUCACCGCUCUGCGUCUGUUCCUGAAUCUAAACCAGCUAUCAGCGCGUCGUCAUGGCGAGAUGGCCAGAAACUGGUGAAGAUGAUGCUGGGGCCUUUGCCACGGGGACCUCGUGCACAGUCAGAAGAGAGAGAGAGACGGGCAGGUCAGUACAGAACAGGUCCCACAUCUCGCUCUGCUUCUGUUCCUCGGCCAGAGUCGAGCCGCCAAAAGAGACCAAACAGCACAGAAAGACCUACUCUCACUCAGCCCUCCAGAGCGGCAGGAGGUGCCAGGGGCAAAGAACAACUCCCAAAUCAAUCCUCCAGGUCACCAGGGGGCAACAGAGAGCGAGGAACAACAGUAACUCAGAUGUCCAGGCCACUAGGGGGUGCCAUCACUGUUUCCUCCAGCCUCGACCUGCUCCCUGCAGACAUUCGUGGUAUCUUGGACGAUCUGCAUCUGGAAGACGGCGCAGGGUUGCACGACUUGGGACGAGCCGGAAGAAAGAGGGCUGGACAAAGCCCCUCAAAGCCACCCCCAGAGAGCGAGGACAGGGCGCUGCCACGGAAACGGCAUUAUGACGCAGAAGCAGUGCGGUGCUACAUCGCAAAACAGCAGGAGGAGAGAAAGAGGAAGCAGGCGGAAGAGAGGCGAAGUCAGAGGGAGGAGCAAGAGAGGCGGAGUCAGAGACUGCAGGAGCUGUACAAGAAACAGCGAGAGGGUUCGAAGCCACAAGCCCCACCCCCUAAUCUCAUAAACCCAUGUUUGCAAGAGACCUACACUAAGAUGCUCAUGGAACACACACUCCAGAGGACACGGCCUGCGUAUCAGCCGUCUGGAGAAUCAGACAAGGAGAACAAGAGACUGGAACCGCUCAGUCCUUCCACCAGUGAGCUCUCAGAACACACACCGUCCCCAUUAUGCAGGUCUGAUUUGGCUGUGCCCCCUCCUGGUCAAUUCUUUUCCCAUCUGCUUAGUAUGGAGCCAGUGUGUGUUAACCCUACUACACACCUGCGAGAUACACAAACUGUAGACACACACCAGGUGAGGACAGUCCCUGCGGAUACACACACCGCAAGCAGGAUGAACCGCGUGGAAGCCCUGAAGGCAUGCGCCGCUUCUCUGUCCAACCGAAUCGAAACGGAAGCACGGAAGCUCGUCACCUACAGUGACAACGACGAUCUGAUCGGCUGCGCUUUUCAGGCCAAACCGCCGAGCCCACCAGAGAGAGAGAGACCCGAUUCAUGCUCGAGGAGCCACCACGACAUGAGCGAUCUUCCCGGCAUUGGAAACCUCUAUAGCUUCAUCGGCCAUGAGGGCUGGGCUGAGAAAGUUCAGCCACGCUCGCUCCCUGCCGAUCGCAGGCUUUCACUCACCGUGCAGGAAGAGAAGCAUGACUUAAGCGGAGGCUCCAUCAGUGAGGGCAUGCUGAGUGACGCUAGUUUUUCCGAUCCCGCCGAUUACCAUGACGAACUCCAUGCCCAUGACCGCAUCACGUCGUUCCGCAAAGAGGCGGAGCUUCACACCCCAUAUAGACCUGUGGUGACUUCACAUCCGCCAUGGGAGGAGCUAAAUAAGGGCAGCCCUCACAGCGUCAUCAACAUAUUUGCUAAAAACAUCAACAAAUACAGCAGCGUGACGGAGACAGACGUAGAGAGAUCUCCUCCUCCUCUUCAUUCCUCUCCAUCCGCUCACAGUGUGGGGAACAGCGUAGUCUAUGAAGACGACUUUGUUUCCUCCCGCAGCAGCAGCCAUUCAGCAUCAAAGAGAACACCUAAUGGCAUGAGUAACGGCCAGAGCUCUGCAGCGGUGGACGAGAAGAAAGAGAGAGAGAGAUUUCCUCACUCUUCCACUUCCACCCCUUUGUCUUCACCUUCUUCCACGCAUAGCAAGAGAGGUUCAGAGAAGAGUUUGGAGCGCACCCUAGUGGACGGACAGAGAAGUGCGGCGUUCACCUCAGAGCAUCAGAGUAGCAAUGGCAGAAAGAGCAACUCACCUCAAAGCUCUCACAAGUGUGCAGACGAAAACGGCACACCAGGGGGCACCUCGGUACACUCCACCCACAGCAUGGUGUCAGAGAUCCAACUGUUUCCUAGAAGCCCUUCUGACUCUCCCAGAAUCUCCUGCUCUACCUUAUCCAGUCCUUUGUCUGCCAGAGACUCCACCCCAAGAACUGGAAUGGCCCCUGGGCCAACCUCAAACACAGGACCUGCCCCUGGGCCCACCCACAGCACCACAGAUCUACUUUUUGCCCCUGCGGUACUGCAGCAGCGUCUAAACGCAGAGCUGAACUUCCUGGAUGCGGUCGAGGAGUCCGUAAGACAGCUGAGCGACGUAGAGCGAGUCAGAGCCGUCUCGCUUGCUCAGCAGGAGAGCGUCUCACUCGCUCAGAUCAUCAAGGCUCAGCAGCAGAGGCAGGAACGAGAGCUGCAGCUUCUGAAGCUGAAAGCAGAACAGGAAGCACUGGAGACUCAGAGACAUGUCCAGGAGAGCAGAGAGAGAGCAGCACAGACCCAUGCGGAGCUGUGUGUAAAUCUGGUUCAGUCCCAUCAGAAGGCUCUCAUGGAGCUACAAGAGAGCAGCAACAAGAUGAUCCACCAACACACAGAGACGGCACAACACCUCAGAGAGAUGACCGAAUUGACUCGUUCUCAGAUUGCCAGUGUUCCCUCGGUCACACCUGUAAGGCAGACACACCCACAAAUGGACAGUGUCAGUAGCAGGAGUGAAGUCUCAGCAGCAAAAACACCAUCAGCAGACACUCCACAGAGCAGCCUGACUGAGGCUGAGCCCUUUAGGAUACACACUGCCGGCAUGAGACAGGACAACAUAGGCAGUGUGGACAGGAGCAGCUCAGUGGAAGAGGACGUAAACACCGCUGCUGACGACUCCCUCCAUACCGACAAAGCAGAGAGUGUAUCAAUCAAUUACUCUCUGAAGUUUGACGAGUCUAUGACAGAAGACGAGUUGGAGAAGUCGUUCCGCUCCGUGCUUCCAUCCGAGUCUCACUGGAGGGGAACCGUGGACAGGAAACGGCAGUCGGACGAAGAACCACACCCUGAAAAAUUGUUUACCAAGAAGGACGGCAGUGUCCCGGUGUUCUCAGCAGAUCAGUACAGCUUCUGCGAGUUCACCAUGGCGAUGGUGAAACAGUGCAUGCAGGAAGAAGAAGUCCGCUCUCAGCACCAGAGCUCCCUGUUGCGUCUCCGUCACCGAGCACUGAAGGAAAAAACCCGUGCUGAGCUUGACUGGCUCGAGCUCCAAAAAAGGCGCCUUCGUGACAAAGGAGAGGACGAUAAAAUGCCUCCGAUUCGCAAGAAACAGAGAGGCCUGCUGCUCAAACUACAGCAGGAGCAGGCAGAGAUCAGAAGGCUGCAGGAGGUAAACCGUGCAGCCCGGAGGGAGAGGAAACUUUUACUGAAACAGCAAGAGGAGAUCGCGAGGAUCCAGCACACAACACUGAAACUGAGGAAGAAACUCAGGAACGCUGAAGAUACAAACCAGAAGUCACCCGUGUCAGGUGUGAGUGAGGAUAUGGGCCCUCCCACCGAGUUAGGCGUGGAGUUUCGUAGCCCCUCCCCUUUAUCUGUGUCCGGAAGUGAGACCAGCAGCAUAAUGAAGAAACUGAAGAAGAUGAGCUAUCACACUGAUGAGAGAUUUUUAACGCAACGUGAACUGCGAUUGGUCCACUGGCGUCAGCAGGUGGAGGCGGAGCUGAGGCGUACAGACAGGGCGGAGGGUCAAGCACUCGAAGAGCGGCACACACAGCAGAAACACGAUCAGCAGAGAAACAGACAGGAGGAGAGAAAGACAGGACAAGAAGUGCGCAGUGAAAACGACUCGUCUCCGGCACUGUCCGUCUCCAGCAUACACACAGUACAGGAGUGUGAGAACACACACAGCCGUGAGUUUCCUCUGGUUCAUGCGAGUUCCAGCAGUAAAGUGGCCUCACACAGCAGCUCCAGAAAGCGAGAACUACCUUCAUCAGCUCCUACAUCUGAGGCGGCGUCGGAUCAGAGUGACAUUGAGGGGCGUGUCCUGGCCCUUAGAGCAGAGCUUCGUCGACGUAAAGCCGAAGUGCAGCGUCUGAAGAAGGAGCAGAGACUGAGGCACAAAGAGCGACUGAAAGCUCAGGAGGCCAGCCUGCUUAAACAGCUAGAGUCUUACAAUGACUUCAUUCAGAAGACCAAAGCCGAGCUGAGUAAAGCAGACAGCGUCACUUCAACUAUACCUCAGAUCAAAACUCCAACAUCAGGCUCACACAAGUCCACAACCUCUACUCCAGAGAGAUCUGAAACUGAGAAGAGUUUUACUGGAACCGAAUCAGAAAAAUCAGACAGGAUACACACCAGAUCUCCAGCACUAAGUGAUGAAGAUCCUCCAACUGUGACUCCAACCCCAGUUUUGGGAAGCCCAGAUCAUCUGAGUCCAACUGAACCCCAACAUGAUGAGCACACCCCCCGCGAAAGCCCUCAUAAGCUAGAAACUGACACCUCCACCAACAAGAGCGUAGCCUCCAGCCCAAGGUCAGAGGUUAUCGAGGAGCUGGUAUCUCCAAGGUCAAAUUUGUCUCAUUCGGAACACUCGUAUCCAGUGCUUAAAGUCCAGGACUUGAAUGAGGAUUUAUCCAAGAACGGACCAGACGCUGUUCUCAUUGUGAAUGUCAGUAAUGAAGAGAAAAGGUUUGCAAACAAUUCAGAAGAUAUCAAAUCCAGCUGCUCGCUGGUAACGAAGCCAGAACAUGAAGAACUGAAACCUCUAGAGAUUCCUUCACCCGUAGAAAUCUCUUAUACUCCAGAUUUUUCCACGAGAAAGAAAGACACGGAAGACAAACCCACUGCGUCCCCAUCGGUCCACAGUUACCAAGAUGAUUUUGAGUCGGUGGCUCAAGAGGAAAAUAGAGAACACUCGCCACCUUCCGAAGAUACAGAAGAGGAAUCUUACAGAUUCUCCUUCAGCAGCGGUGAGGAGGAGAUAGAGGAGGAUAUAAGCGUUAAAUCUGGGAAUAUCAGUGGUAUCUAUGAGCAGGAAAAGCCGUUGGAUCUGGACUUGCUAGCAAAGCAGACAAAAGAAAGCGCCAAUGACGAUGUUCCUCCGACUUCUCUGAAGGAUGAGAUGCCUGAUUACAUCAUCGGGGACCGGGUUCUGGUGAGCAACAUUCAGCCAGGCACUCUGAGAUUCAAGGGAAGAACAAGCUUUGCUGACGGAUUCUGGGCUGGAGUGGAGCUGGACGUGGCUAAAGGAAGCAACGACGGAACUUACAAUGGCGUCGUUUACUUCCAGUGCAAAGAGAACCAUGGGAUAUUUGCUCCUCCUGAUAAGAUCUCUUGUCUUCUUGAAACGUUUGAAGGCCACAUCAGAACCUCGGAAGAGGAAGAUUCUUCAUUUGAUGAUUGCUUGAACGAAAUGGAGAAGACAAACAAUUCUGAAAGCACGUUUCAGGAUAAAAAAACUGAUCCAGAUCCACCUUCUGCAGUGAGAGAACCAUCCGAGAAACAUUUUGAUCUUGAUUCAAACCCUUGUGUUACAAAGGAAUUGAAGAUCGACCCUGCUUCUGAUGCUGAGAUCUUCGAGAACGUUAAUGGAGGAAAUCGUCCUGUCUCGCCAGAGAGAUUCGGAGACGUCGUCCUGGAAUUUAAAGACGUCUCAAAAGUCGAGGAAGAUCAAACGCCAAACAUUCUGGACCUGCUGAAACAUGGUGAGACUUCCACACUGACAGAGGACCUUCAGAAACAUUUAGAGGUCUCUCCGGAGAAGACAAGCCAGGACCGUGUGGAUGGAUCAGAUAGCAAAUCCCUCACGAGUUUGGCUGAUUCACUGAUGGAACGCUUCAUGAGCGAUGCCCUGAAACAGUUUCAGCAGAUCAAGAAAGCGAAGGAGGAGAAAAUCUCGACUGCUAAUCAGCUUGUCUUCCUCGAAGAGGAUGAAGAACUCUGUGUUAACAGUGUGUCCCAGAUCAGACCAUCAUCCAGCAACAAGGGCUAUAAAGAAAGCUUUCACAGCUUCUUUGACAAGGACCAAGAAGAAGUGUCUUCUCCUGAGCUUUGCAACCGAUCGGAGAGCCCGGUUUUGGGUCAGGAGGAGCUGGUGCAGCGUUUGGCCGAGCUGGAGCUGAACCGCGAGUUCCUGCAUGUGCUCGGCGAGGAACAGGACUGGUUCGACGAGGACUUCGGCCUCAGCUCACGCAAACGCGUUCAGCACAAGAACAAACCAAGGCAGGAAGAGCUCACGUCCACGUCUGCAGCUAAACUCCCACAUGUCAAACAGCAGGAGGAGGCUGCAGUGGCAAUGUUGGUCCCUCACAAAGCUAGAGAGGUGGAGGAGUUGGUGAGCGCCGCCCUGCUGGAGAUCUGGAGGAGCUGCGGGAUCGAGCGUGGUGAUCAGAGUCUGACGGCCAUGCCCAAACCUCAGGCUUCAGAAACACUGCUGGGGGGUGAAAGUGGCGAGCAGUGCGUACGCAGCUACAAGCAGGCGGUGUUCGACCUGGUGUGGGAGUUAAUGCAGGAAAUCUACGCCGAAGAUCCCAACGCUAAUCGUCCCCUGUGGAUCAAACCACGGCGUGUUAAUUCACCCUACAUCCAUAGAAUCGAUGACCCCAGUGACCUCGCUAAAGUCCAGGCUUUCAUCAGCAGUGAGGUUCUGAAGCUGUUCGGUCUGAAUAAAGAGCAGAACCACAGAACCGACUGGCAGAAGAUGCUUAAAUUUGGCCGAAAGAAGAGAGACAGAGUCGACCACAUCCUGGUACAGGAACUCCAUGAGGAAGAGGCUCUGUGGGUAAACUACGACGAAGACGAGCUGCUGGUGAAGAUGCAGCUGGCCGACGGAAUCCUCGACACGCUGCUGAAGGACACCUUGGACGUUCUUACUAACAUCCACGAGAGGAGAUGCACACAAACCCCAUCCUGAUCCUCUUACACACGUCUACUACAACAAGCCUUUACACCCUGCGCCAUUGUUCAGGACAGAGCCAGGAACACCGGGUUCCCAGAGAGAUCUCUAUGGGGCCGUGUUCUGAUUUUGCUGCUAAGAUCUCCCAUCGCUCCCUUUAAAAUCCUUCCUGCAUUUGGGACUGAACCGGAUCUACCCUCUGUACGAUAUUGGCCUUAGUGCUGUUUUUUUUUUUUUUUUUUAUUUGUAAAGAAAAAAAAUGUCUUUAAAAAAAUAUUAUGUGAAAAAUGUGUAAAGAGAUGAUUUAAGCGUGCGUGAAAACCACGUCAAAGCACAUGCAGAACCGAGAGGAACCGAGCAGACUGAGGACGAGAUGAUUUUUAGAGAUAGAUGAAAAAGUAAAUUGAUCUAUAGACUUUAAGAAUUAAAUGAUUUAGAAGUGAUCGGGAAAUCAAGAAAACGAGUGCAUGAUGAGGGAUUAGUGCUUUAAUCGCUCUCACUAUUUAUCGACCUCCAUAUUAAGUGCCUCAAAGUUUAGGCUCCCUCCUUUAGGAAGGGGAGAACCGUUUUAAGCCUUCCUCUCUGGUGUGCCGAGCCGUCGUUUUAGAAAUUCUUAAACCUCUGCAUUAGAACAGCUGUAUUAUAAAUUGGUGGAGUGUGCACUCCAUAGUGUAGUGUCUUAGUUUAAAUGGGACACAUAGGUUAAAGCAAAAAAAAAACACUCCAAGAUCAAAACAGGGUCGUGUUCUAAUUGUAUGGCGCCUUAAACAGUCACGCACUCUCCUGACCUUCAUUUGGAACAGAACCUCAAGUGGUCGUGUCCUAAAUCGACACCUUUCUUUUCUUUUUCUUUUUUUUUUCAAUACAGGUCCUGCAUUUAAGAUGUCACUUUUCCUUACCCAAGAAAUCCAAAUAAGCCUUGUCCUGAUUCUGCUGCUCACCCUGUUUUUAUGCACUCUUUAAAUUUACUUGGUACAGACAUUCGGCCCUGUCCUGAUCCUGCUACUUCGACCCCUAUUUCUCACUCAAUAGGGAUCUAUACCUUUCCACGCAGAUAUUUGUAGCUACGCAGGGACCCAGUUUCACACUUCUGAGAGCACCUCAUGUGUUUAGGGCUGAACUGGGGCUUUUCUCUAGUAUUCUGGUUUCUUGCACACUCUAGACAUUUUCCUAGAGAAUGUGUUUAGGACCGAGCCGGAACUCUACCUUUUCACGUUUUUCAUGUUUUAAGACUGUAAUGGGCCGUGUCCUAAAUCGUCUCCACAGUUUAGCUGCUGUGUUAUGGAAUUUAUCAUGAAUCAUGAUCUGUAACAAUGUAAUCAUUCCCUGCUCUACUCUCUCUCUCUCUCUCUCUCUCUCUCUCUCUCUCUCUCUCUCUCUCUUUCUCCUCAGAUCUGUCCUUGUUAAGGGCUUUUACAAAAUGGCUGUCUCUGUUUUCAAAAAGACUCCUAGUAAUCAGUCUCCCUACAAGUCCUAGUUUAGUACGGAGCCCGAACCCAGUUUUAACCUUGUGCUAAUGAAAUGUGUGUUUGUGUGAGAGAACAUUUUCGGCUUUUAAGAUCUCCCAGCCUCCUGGAAGCAUCUCGACUUCUGUAUUGAGGAGUGGGGUGGAGUCGGGGCAGAGUCUGGGGCGGAGUCGGGGCGAUAGGACGCAGCUCGGUUUGUGCACAUGUAUAUAGUGAACCUUUACACCUGUUUCAAACUGUAAAUAAAGCUGAGAUAUUUGAAGUAA